CACCGCCCACUUAGUGACGUUCAGGGCGCUGAUUGGACGCGGCGGGCCGUCUCCGAAGGCGGUCGGCUCUUUUCAUUGGUCUGCAGCUGCCGUUCGCCUGAGGACUCUCGCUGCUUUGUGAAGAUGGCGGCCGAACUGGUAGAAGCGAUGAACAUGGUGAAGAGUUUCCGGGUGUCUGACCUGCAGACACUGCUGGCCUCGAUGGGGCGCAGUAAAAGCGGUCUAAAGCAGGACUUGGUGGGGAGAGCUUUGAGACUGGUGCAGACGGAAUACAGCCCAGAGCUGCUGAAGAACGUCCGCCAGCUCUAUGAGACACGCUUUCCCAAGUCGACUGGAUGGUUGGCUGCCCGUCGCCCUGAGGGGGUCCCGGCAGUCUCCUACCCUACCCUAAACAACUCUCCUCGAGGCACAGCCCAGGGCACAGACUACCUCAAUGGCAUGCCCAAGCUGGCCGCACCGCCAGCAGCCGAAGUUAAAUUAGUGCCCUUGCCCUUCUACCAUAACUUAGAAACGUUGUUGCCACCUACAGAGCUAAUUGCCCAGAACAGUGAGAAACUUCAGGAUAGUCAGUGUGUUUUUGAACUAACACAGGGCCAGGUGGACCAGAUCCGAAAUUCCGGUGAACUUCGUGCAGGGGUGAAAUCAGUUCAGGUGGUUCUUAGAAUCUGUUACACAGACUCCAUUGGUGUUCAGGAGGACCAGUACCCUCCGAAUAUUGCUGUCAAAGUGAAUCAGUCCUACUGUCAUGUCCCAGGUUAUUAUCCUUCAAAUAAACCUGGUGUGGAACCUCGUCGGCCCUGUCGCCCUAUAAACAUCACACCCUGGCUUCAUCUCUCCACAGCCACCAACAGAGUUACCAUCACAUGGGGUAACUUUGGAAAGCGAUACUCCGUGGCAGUGUACCUGGUGAGGGUCUUCACAUCUGCAGAACUUUUCAACCAGCUCAAACACUGCUCAGUGGAGAGUGCAGAGCGAUGUCGCGAACGCAUUCAGGACAAAUUGCGUUUUGAUCCAGAGAGUGAGAUUGCCACUACAGGGCUUCGAGUGUCCCUCAUCUGCCCACUUGUAAAGAUGCGUCUGGGAGUGCCAUGCCGGGCACUCACUUGCGCCCACCUGCAGUGUUUUGAUGCAGUUUUCUUCUUACAAAUGAAUGAGAAGAAACCUACAUGGACUUGUCCUGUGUGUGAUAAACCUGCUCCCUUUGAAUUGCUUACCAUUGAUGGAUUACUCUCAGAAAUCCUGAAGGAGACUGAAGACGUGGAGGAGAUUGAAUAUUUGACAGACGGUUCAUGGAGACCUAUCAGGGAUGACAAGGAAAAGGAGAGGGAGCGGGAAAACAGCCACACUCCUGAAUAUCCUGUUGUGGAUAUAUGUGUCCCUGAAGCGAACGGACACUCCCCAGCGCACAGCAGCACGAGCCAGACGGGGAAGUCGGCACAAGGCGGCCAGUCAGCAGCCACAGGUGGGGCCAGUGGUGCGAACAGCGGGGCAGUGGUGGACCUUACUCUGGACGACUCGUCAGACGAAGAAGGGGGUGGGGGGGCUGGGGACAGCGAGGACACAGAGGACAGCCAGGACAGCCCAGCGCCCAAGAGGGGCCGAUACGAUUACGACAAAGACUUGGUCACUGCAUACUGAGACAGGCUGGAGAUACUGACUGAGAGGGACAGGGGACAGGUUGGAUCUGAGCCGUGGAAUUUCAGAAAAGUCCCCUUCUCUCCCCUCACCUCCCUAUCCAUUGUUUCCUUUCCCAAAACAUGUUUCCUUCUCCCCCAAUAUACAUGCAGACACAUGAACACAUGCACAAACUAAAGCUGUUGACCUCUGGAGCAGGUGGGCAUCCCCAUGACAUCACUGGAAAUCCACAGAUGUCCACUAAAGCCAUCUUCUCUCUCUUUCUCUCUCUUCUCCUCAGUAUCUGAACAUCGUAUUCUCCCUUUAAAAUGACUAUGGAAGAGUAACAACCCCACCACCUUCAUUGACUUUUCUCUUUCUGUCUCCACUACGCUUUGUUUUCAGUCUAAACCACUUGGCCUCACCGUCAUCAAAGGCAUUCUAGGUUUCCACCAUAGUUAAGUUCUGUUAGGAGAUGCUUAAAAAAAGAUGCUGCUCUACUCCAAACAUGGGCAAUAUCAGACGGUCAGAAACAGUUGUGACACGUACAGAGACAAAUUGAUGUUCUGCAGUUUCGAUUUUUUUUUAUUAGUAAAGUAAAUAGGACUUCUAACUUUACCACCCAUGAUUCAUAUGGAGGCAUUUUCAUUAAGCUUUGAUAUUGCGCAACAGCCAUUAUCAAAAAGCCAAAAUAACUCAGCUGUAUCAGAAAUCACGCAUGGUCAGAUUUUGGAAACUAAGGAUUGUUUUUUUGUUUUACACAUAUUUUUGUCUUUCCCUUUUUCCACAGAAAUUGACAACCUACCUCAGUCUAAAGGCAAACAUAACCACAGCUUGGAAGAGUAGACAACCUGACAUGAUUUGAUGUUAUAUAAUUUUGUUAUAAUGCACAUGAACACUGGAGGGGAAAAAAAAAAAAUCGCUGCAUUAUUUGUGGUGCCCCUGUCUCACUGAAAGAACCCUGAACGUUAUCAGAAGCAAUGAAUUUCCAGUCAGGUUUUCUCAAAAUAGCUGAAUUACUUCCAGCUUAAAUACACAAGGAGUGCUUUGUCAUAAUUAGUCAACACGUAGAACUGUCAGGACUAACAGUUAGUGACACUCCUGAAAUCGGUGUACCUGCAGAUAAAUAUUGUACAGUAGGAUGUAUUCAUCAUGCAUUAGUCGUUUGAAUGGAUGAAUGCCGGUCUGGAUUCUCAUUCUCAUGAAUUUUGCAGGUUGGCUUGUUGGCAGUGUGAAAGGGAACCAUGAGUUAAAUCAAGUGGGACUGCCUGAUAAUAACUGGUCUUGUCUAGUAGUGUGAAAGGGCGAGUUGGAGAUGGAGCUAAGAAGAAGCUCAUAAGAUGCCAAGAACUUAAACAACCAUACAACAUCAAUUGUAAAAGUGGCAGAGAUGUGCCAAGCAGUGGCCAAGCUUUAGUUGCUGGAUUGGAAAGUUGACAUGAAGUGAAUUCGCGCAAGCAAGAGGCAUCUGACCUAAUGAUUUCUUUUCAGGUGUCUUAGUUUCUGCAGUUGGAUGUGUUCACUGGAGUAUGAUGGAAGAUUCUGGAAGAAUUUCUGUUGCUGUUGGAUGUUGCUUGUUUUGUCUGAAUUGCGAGGUUGUGAGUUUGUUACAUUUGCUUAAUCUCCUGAUGUGGAGUCGUGGUGAUCAUAGGACAUACAACAUUUUUCAUUUUAAUUUUUUUGGGGGGGAUUGUCAGAUGAGUAUUUAUUGGUUUAAUUCUUUGUAUCUUAGUAGCCUUUGGUAUUAUUUGUACAUAUGAGGCAGUUCAGAAGAGUGCAGUGCUAUCUAAAGUGCUAUCUUUUCUUUUUUUUUUUAAUUGGUUGGGAACAGAAAUGUUGUGAUGAUCAGGCCGGGUGCAUUUGCACAGACACUUGGCUGGUUUUGAUUAUGAUCAGAGGUUUUGCCAUGUCUUCUCACAACCACUUCUUUUAUAAUCCACAUUGCAUUCAGGCUAGUCUUGUGUUGCAGUCUGUGAAAAAAUAACACUGACCAGUUGUUUUGACUUUAUCCUAAUCUCAGAGCUCCUACUCCAGGCUGCGUUAUCAAACUUCCACUGAUUUGGGAUGAGUUGUGCUUAGCAAAUGCUAAUACAGCUGAUAAUGGACUGGCACUUUGAUUAUGGUAAUGUUUGAUAUGUGUGUACAUAUCUGUAGGCCACAGAAUAUUUAGGCGUAAGCUGGUAGUCCAGCUUGCUUGCUUUGCAAGACAUUUUAAUUUGGGAAUCGUGAUCACUGAUUAAGUGUUGUGAUGUACAGCAGCAUUAACUUGAUUUGCCUCUCUGCUGGAAAUUUUUUUUGCAGAACCUAUAAUUGAAAGCAUUUUCUUUUGGGCAAGUAGUAAAAGUUAUUAUUUUUGUUUUAAUUUUUUUUUAAUUUUUGAAAAAUAGAAGCUUCAGAGAAACCACUGCAUAAUGUCAACUGCUCCUGGUGUUUUUUUCUGUCUUGUAAAAUCAUCCAGAAAUCUGACUGGAAGACACUCUGUACUCUCUCCCAUCUGCUGAACAGAAUGUCGGAACAGAAGAAGAGCACUGUCUUCCUUGUAUUGUCUCUACAAUACAUCCAACUUUUCACAUUUUACACCUGUAAAAAUAAAGAAGAUUAAAAAGGUUACUUAAGUAAUGCCAUAGAACAUCUACUUUUGGCAUUUUGUACAAAUCCAGAGAACCUUCACAUGAUUUACAGGUUCUUUCCAAUAACCCGUCUCUCACACAAAGUGGUAAUUCUAUGGCAUCACAUUAAAGAAUCCUUUAAAGUAACUUUAUUUUAAAGAGUGUAGUAAAUGGAAAUUAGUGCUGAGUUCUCUUCACCAGUCUUUAAUGUUUGUGCCCUCAUAAAGACCACCUACAUUUGGUAGUCUUUAUAUUUUUUUCCACCUAAAUUAUAGGAUUAUGUCUUACAUAGUGAUUUAAUACAAAAAAAAAUUGUUAGACUGAUCCUGUCUACACUCCCACCCCUUUUAAAUCUGGUCAGCAGUAAGGAGGUCUAGAGUCUGAGUUAAAAUCUGGGGUUUGACUUGAAGUGAUCCUUUGGGACUGGAGGAAAGUCUUCUAACAGUGACAUCCCUUCUUCUUACAGUGCUUAAGAUAGCAUGGGCAGUGGCUUGCAGUCCUUGAUGUAAAUGUUUCGUUUGUUGUGUCUUUUUAUAUGUUCAUAUUAAAAGCCAAUAAAAAAAUAAAUAUUUUAUCAAAUUUUGAAUUGCCUCCAGUUGCUCCAGUGGGUGGUCUUUAGAGAAAAGAGACAUUAGUGGGUAGCUAUUGCCACUUUCAUAAGAACUAUAUAAAUCAGCGAAAUAAUAUUGUCAUGUCCUCAGCAUUGGAUUUGGCUGUAGGAACCAAGUAUUCAGUUGUCCCUGUUUGAAUGGAAAAAGAAAUGUAAAAAGUUUAAGGAAAUCAUACUCUAACGUGUCAUGUGUGCAAUUAAUUAAACUGAUUUUAAAAAAAGGA